AUGGCCUGGAGGGGAACCCCGGCCUCCGAGGCUCUGCUCUGCGCACUGCUCUGGGCGGCAGCGGCGGCAGCGGGGGGCGGCCCCGGGGACAACCCCGCUCCCGGCGCCUUUGGCCACGUCUACCGGGGCGCCGUGAACAUCAGCGCGGAGCGGGUCUACGCCUUCGCCUACCGCAGCGAGCCCGGGCAGGUCGAUGCAGUGCGGGUGUACGUGAAUAGCAGCUCCGAGAACCUCCGAUACCCUAUCCUGUUUGUAGUUCGCCAGCAGAAGGGAGUGCUGUCAUGGCAGGUCCCACUGAUUUUUCGAGGCCUGUAUCAGAGGACCUACAAUUAUCAAGAAGUGAGUCGGACCCUCUGUCCCUCUGAGCCAACACCUGAAACAAGACCUUCUGACCAGAUCAUAUUUGUGGACGUCGCUUCCAUGGCACCGUUCAAUAUUGCAUAUGAGCUGCUAGUCACCAAGCUGGAGAACUUCCAACUUGAGACCAACAAAGCCUUUAACUUCACUGCCAGCCCUUCCCAGCCCCAGUAUUUUCUGUACAAAUUUCCUCAGGAUGUCGAUUCAGUCAUUAUUAAUGUGGUGUCUGAUGCAGCCUACCCAUGCUCUGUUGUCUCUGUCCAGGAUAUUGUGUGCCCAGUGUAUGACCUGGACCAUAACGUGGAGUUCAAUGGAGUUUAUCAGUCUAUGACAAAGCAGGCAGCUAUAACAGUGCAGAGAAAAGAUUUCCCAGGUGAGCAGUUCUUUGUUGUGUUCGUCAUCAAGCCAGAGGAUUAUGCCUGUGGAGGUUCUGUGCCUUCUUCAAUUCAUGGGAAUGUCAACCGUACCUGGAACCUGCAGCGGACAAAGAACCUUCAAGUGACGAUUGUGCCUUCCAUUAAAAAGUCUGUUUAUGUCCAGGCCAUGUUCUUCAGCUUCCUGAGUUUCCUCUCCUUUUACCUGGGCUCAGUGGUUGUUGCUUUUGUGCACUACAUCAGGGUUCAGAGGAAGGCUUCACCUGGGAGAUUGAGUCCUGAGCACGGAUCUGGGAUGAUGACUUCUUCACACCCCAUCUCAGCCAGCACUCCUGAGGGAAGCAGCUACGGUGCUAUUGAUGAGUCCAGCUCCAGUGGUGGACAUCAGCGGUCCCCCCCGGAGCACAGGCCUCCCGCUGGUUCGGACACAGACAGCUCUGUGGAGGAGGAGAGUGACUUUGACACCAUGCCAGAAAUUGAGAGUGAUAAGAACAUCAUCCGCACUAAGGUGUUCCUCUAUCUAUCGGACUUGUCCAGGAAAGACCGAAGGAUUGUCAGCAAAAAAUACAAAAUCUAUUUCUGGAACAUCAUCACCAUUGCGGUGUUCUAUGCCCUGCCGGUCAUCCAGCUCGUCAUCACUUACCAGACGGUAGUGAAUGUGACGGGCAAUCAGGACAUCUGCUACUACAACUUCCUGUGUGCUCAUCCCCUUGGGGUGCUGAGUGCCUUCAACAACAUCCUCAGUAACGUGGGCCACAUGAUGCUGGGCUUUCUCUUCCUCCUCAUUGUGUUGCGCAGGGACAUCCUCCACCGUCGGGCCAUGGAGAUGAAAGAUAUCUACACCUUGGACUAUGGGAUCCCAAAGCAUUUUGGUCUCUUUUAUGCUAUGGGCAUUGCUCUGAUGAUGGAAGGGGUGCUCAGUGCCUGUUACCACGUCUGCCCUAAUUACUCCAAUUUCCAGUUUGACACCUCCUUCAUGUACAUGAUUGCAGGACUCUGCAUGCUCAAGCUCUACCAGACCCGGCAUCCAGACAUCAAUGCCAGCGCCUACUCUGCCUAUGCCUCGUUUGCUGUGGUGAUCUCCCUGGCUGUCCUUGGAGUGGUGUUUGGGAAAAACGACAUGUGGUUCUGGGUUAUUUUCUCAAUGAUCCACGUUUUGGCCUCACUGGCUCUCAGCACUCAGAUCUACUACAUGGGUCGCUUCAAGAUUGACAUGGGUGUAUUUCGGCGAGCAGUGAUGGUGCUGUACACGGACUGUAUCCAGCAGUGCAGCCGACCAAUGUACAUGGAUAGGAUGGUGCUGCUCAUUGUUGGGAACCUAGUCAACUGGUCCUUGUAAGUACUGGAAUGUUGAUGCUUUGUGUAUUUGUGCAUGUAGGCAGCAGGAUUUGGUACUGGGACACAGGUGGCCUGGAGUGAUGGGGAGAUGCAG